AUGAAUGCUGGAAGAAGAUUAUUUUUUCAUUGCAGCUGCUUUUUAUUGCGCAUGAUUUAAGUUUGUAUCUUGCUAUCCUUGAGAUGGAUUUGUCUCUGGAUAUUCGAGAUUUUUUUUCUUAGUGUCUUUAUGGAGUUGACACAGGCGAUAACUAUCAUUGGAUUUAAUUUCGAGUUGGGACUAUGGAAGGAUGCUUUUGAAUUUAAGAAUUUCAGGACCAGUAGGACUAAGAUGAAAUCAUAUGAUAUAAUUUACGGUAUAAUAUGGACGAAUUGAUAUUCUAUUUAAUUAGGGAGUCGGAACUUACAUCAGGAGAGUAUUAUUUCUAUCAUGAAUCUUGUUACUUGAAACGGAUGUGAUGUUAACAUGAACGUGCCCUAUGGGACAUUUAUCUUCGAGGAUGCUUUGUGAUUGUAGUAGCUGUAUUAGAUUGAAAAGAAGUCUCAGAAAAUGCCGAUUUGACCUUUUGUGGCAAGGCACUGGGCCAUUACUUCAUGCCUCACAAGGUGUCUAUAAUAUCUCAUGGCACGACACUUUCUUGAGGAAAAGAGUGCAAGUAUUCUAAUCAAUUAGUAUUCAUGUUAUCUUCGUCACAUGUUAACUAAUUUAGGAUUUUCGGUUUGAGGAAGUAGUUGUCUUUACUCUGGUGUGAAAAACAUUUCUUUUCAGAAGGAGUUCAUACUGUAUUAAACAGAAUGAAGAUAAAGUGAGGGAGAAAAUAAAACAACAGUAAAAACAAUGAUUAUUAGGUAAAAAUGACGAAUAAAAUCUGUCAAGUCGGUAGAAUGGAGCUAGGAAAGGAAAGAGAAACUUCGAAAAGCAAGUUAUUCCUGUUCUUGAGCGCGCUGCUCAUCCAGCGAGUUUGAUGGCCACCUCCCAUUUCUAUUUCUCUAGACUUCUUCCGAAAAUGUAAAAUCUCUAUGCUGGUCAUUGUCUUGCUCAUGGAUGUUUAUUUUAUAAUUUUAAAUUAUUUCUCUUCAUCUAUAUUUCCCACAAGUUAGCUGGUGGGAGUUAAGAAUAAUAUUCGGACUGUUUUCUCUAUCUUUCUUCUACUAUUGCAAAAUUUCUUAUAUUUGAAAGGAAACCAUAGACAAGAAUUUUCGUCGAUAUGUCUCAUAUGUGAUAGUCUAUUGCAUUCUAUGAUACUUUUCUCUUGAUACUCCCAGUUUUAUUUUAUGGUAGGUUAAUGCCCAACAUCGGUAUUUGAGUCAUUUUAGGAAGAUGGACAGGGAUAGUUCAGAUGUGAUUGAACAGCAAAAGAAGCAGAAAUCAGUGACUUCUUCAUGGGUACCUAAGUCCUUCCAAUCUAGUGCAAAUGAAGGUUUGACAUCUGAGCCAAUGCCUUUUCUUUGUUGGCACCAUUUUCUGGUCGUAUAAACUGUUUCUCUCCCUCAAAAUGACUAGAAUCAUUUUUGACUUCGUUUCCACUAUGUGUAUUAUUGUAUCUUUUUAAAGAAUUUUCCUGACGAAAUUUCAACUUGAAAAUGCUCAUGGUCCGGGGUUUUGGGGUUAUAUUCAAAACUCACUUAUGUUUCUAUAAAUCUAACAGAAUAUUGAACAUCUUAGUUGUCGUAGUAUAUCAUCAUCUGGUUGCAUUUUUGCCUUUCUGUCAUUAUCACUUUUAUGAUGGAUUGGAAUGAAAUUGCUCUUUUCUUAAUUGUAUCAGUGUUUGAUGUAUUGGCCAAGAUUACAUCCCCUGGGUGACCUGGAUUUCAAUUUGGAUUUCUAUUUGAGCUGCAAAGCAUAGACACCAUUCGGCUUGUCGUUUACUGAUUGGCUUUGAUGCUCUAUUUCCAUCAUGUCUCUAAUGAAGUAUUCAGUUAUCACUGGAGCCUAAAUUUCUAAAACAGAAAAUGGUACAUGAAUCAUAUUUAUUUUCUUGUUCUAUUUAUGGUGAUUUCCUGUAAUUAUGGGCACAGAUAAUAUGGUUUACUAUUGAAGGAUCUGUGUGUGAAGUUCAUAGAGGUAAAAUUCGUAGCAUGUUAUUUUCGAGAUCCAUGAUAUUUAAUAAAUAUAACAAGGAAGAGGCCGUUUGAUUAGCUUCUCUAGGAUAAUUUGCUUGUUCUGGUAUGUCUGGAUGGACCUGAUUGGAGCUGACAGUAAUCAUGUUCUACAACACUGUUUUAUGGCUGUAACCAGCAAUUGACCAGGAAAUUAUUCUGGACAUUUCUUUAAAUUUUUUAGCACCAAUCACUUUGCCAAAAAAAAGGACUACAUGCUCAUAUUCAGGAGAAAAACACCAAAAAUGAUUUAGAUGGAGCCAGAUAUAAGAAAUAUGAAAAUUUGGACAUUGAGCGUCAAUAUGAUUCCUAAUAGAACAUAAAGAUAAAAUUUGUACCCCUGACUCCAAUUUGAUAGUGGUGAUGUUCAAUGUGUGCUUUUUCUCCCUUAAGUCCUUGUGGUGUCUAAAUUAGGCCUUACUGUCAUACAUAUCCAUUUUUUUUAAUUGGCAGGGAUUUUUUAAAUCAAUGGCAAUAUCAUUUUUGUAAUUUUUAUCGGUAUUGAUAUCAAUAUCGGGUUAUCUGUACGUUUAAUUUUUAUCAAAGAGUACUUUAUCAACACUUUUGAGACGUGUGCCUGUGCAUGUUUAACCCAUUCGCAAAUGCAAAUGGUUUAAACAUUUAACCAUACUCCCUUUCUGUGGAAAUUUUAUCUAACCCAGCCGAGCUAUGCAAAUGAAUACGUUAGCCAUUCUCCCUUUCUGUGAGGUAGACUCGAAAACUUGAAUUUUAGGCCUUUUUUCUGGUCCAGCCUUUAUUUGCACAAUUGAUAUACAGAAUAGUAUACAGUAUCUUAUGAAAAUUACCUGUUAGCAGUAGAUCAUGAUCCGUUGAUGUCAGACAACUAUCAAGUAAUAGAGCUUUCUGAUUCAUGUAUUUUUAAUCCGUAUUAUCAUAGUCAAUUUUUCAUUCUACUCAGACAUGACUGUGUAUGCAUGCAGGAUACUUGACAAGGGAACUGACGACAGAUCGUGGGAACACAUCUAAAAUAAUGAAGGGUGAUGUAAAAUUAACUGCUGUUCGAUGUCAAGUCUCGUCAGUGCAUAAUCAAUCAUCUUCGACGUAUGAUGCAAGGGAUCCAAAUAAGGACCCAGUAACAACAGGAAAUUCAGCUGGUUCAUCAGUUUCUUCAUUUCACUUUGUAGGCAACGAUUUUCAGUGUGAAGUUUCAGAUACAAAAGUGUCAUUUUCUUCUUCAAAUGAGACUGGCGCAGCUUUCAGAUACGAAAGUAGUUCCGUGGAGGUUGAAAGACAUGCAGCCUCCAUUGAGGUUUCUAGAUGACCCUUCUGUUCGCUUCUUUUAUGUAAACGAUUUUUUGUAUAUGUUUAGGUUUUAUCUCUUAGAACCUGCAUCGGAAUUAUUCCAUUUUUUUCUUCAAUUAAACUUAAGAGUCUUGAAAAUUCUACUGUUGUGAAUCAGGCUCUGUCAAUCAUGACAUGCAUUCUACUGAACAAAUAGUUUUUUCUGAUGCCUCCAACUUGGAAUAGGCAGGAUCAAUCCUGAGGCUACAACAGUGCAAAAUGUAGAAGGAUGUUAUGCUCAUCAGGAGUCCCUUGUGAGAUGAUAAAUUAUUGAGACAUAAAAUCAACUUCUAGAAGCGGGCUUUUAGUUCCUUAGUUAAUUGUCCAUGCUGUUCUGCCAAUCUGCCAAAAUAAUAUAAGUAUAGAAAUAUAUCACCAUGCUAACACAAUGUGCAGAUAGGUUAGGAUUCUCUAUGUUCUUAUUGAGUAGCCCGUUAGGCCCGAUGAUGAAGUGUUACAUAUCCAUGUGUUCCUAAAUUUUAAUAAUGUGGUCCAACUCAUGUGCUAAGGAACUGAAUUUUAUGUCCUCUCAGUAUGUGAUAUACUCAAAAAGUAAAAGUAUAUUUGCACCAUUGCCAUUGUAUGUUUGAUAUUUUCUUGUUACAAAUUUAAUUCUUUAAGCAAAAUAUGAUCUAUGCCUUAAACUCCUUGCCACGAUUCUGCAGGUGGAUGCCUCUUUGCUUCGCUUCAUUAAAGGAAAAGGGUAGUCACUUAUUUCGAGAAUUUUACGACCAUGUUGUAUCUUUAUCAUUCUGUGAUGCUGGGUAGAAUUAAUGUAGUAAUUUCUAUCCUUCUUUUAGGAUGCUUUGAAGUCUCUUUCUCUUAUGUAUUUUCAAGUCUUCUUUUGUAGGGGUGCCACACAACGACGAAUUGAAGAAGAGACGGGAGUAAAAAUAAUUUUGCCGUCCUCUAGGGGGAGGACAACUGUUGGUCAGUUUUUCUUAUGAUUCUCCUUUUUAUUGGUAGUGUCUGAAUCUGAAAUUGAGCUGUUUUUGUUUAUUAAACCUUGGAAUAUUGACUGCACAUUCUGCUGGCUAAAUACAUGUUUGCUUCUUGAAUCACUAGUGGACGUAGAAGUCCAUUUAUUGUUUGCAUCAUCUGAGGAUUUUUACCUAAAUAGGGAUAUUUUUGUUGUCACUCUUUUCUGCCUUAAUGCAUAAAAUUUUGAGAGGGCCUAUAAAACAUAAAUCUUUUAGCGGGGCUGUGCAGACUUAUGGAAGUCUGAUGCUGCAUCCUUUUCCUUAGCUCAUCUGUGACACCCCUACCACCCUGUGACACUGUCUUCAUCUUCUCUUCCUUUUUCUUAAGGAAUACUGGUGGGCGAUAGAGUCCCAGCAUCUGGUCAUUCAACUUAAACCGUCACAUUGUCCUGUUGAACCUGUUUUCAAUAUUUCACAUGCAACAUCCCAUGUACAUGCACAAUUCCAAAUGAUACAGGUAUAUUUUCUGUCCAUCCAAGGCCAAACCAGACCAUUAUAGGCAGGGUUCAUGCUAUCUACACGGAAAAAGAAGUUGACGGAGGUUUCACAGUGAGAACGUUUUAUAUGCAUUCGUGGCUCCCCUCCCUUGCUAUCCACGAGCAAAGAUUGAUGAACCUGUGGUAAUGUAGUACUGCGAUUAUGUACACAAUAGCUCAUGCUCCAAGCCUGAAAACCUUGAACUAUUACCGGAUGAAUUGGAUACAGCACACUGUGCACAAUGGAUCCUCAGGAUAUGAUCAAAGACCUUGGUAAUAUAUCACACGGAGGAACGUUUAAGUGAUUUCCUACUUUAAACAGUGGUUGAUAUAUGGAGAGCAGGUAGGGAUAUAUAUGGUUCACUCGAAGGUGAUUUUUAACAGACUCCUAACAUAUGCAGGGAUAUUAUGUAUUAUUUCAAGAGAAAUAGCAUAGUAGGAAUGCCUGCUUAUUAAUGGAAACAAGCAGGUUUUGAUCAUUUGCUGUCUAGGUUGGUAACUAGUUAAAACUAGGACCUUUUCCUACCAGACACUAUGGGAAGAAAAAAAACACUGUUCAGUGGGAAUUGCUGCUCUAUGAUAUCAUAAGGAUGAUCAAACUCUUAGAAGACUGGUCAAUCUCUACAAUGCAGAAAACAUUAUCUUCUUUGAAAGAAAUGUAAUACUUAUUGUCCUGACAAAAUAAUGUUUAUCAGAAUAGGCAGCCUAAUGAAAGUGAAGUUUCAAGGGUUGUGCUUGGGGAUCUGUCAGUGUUAUGAUGCUUGAAGAAAAGUGUUUACAUUUUGGAACCUCGACGAAAAAAAGAGACAUUAUGCUAUUAGUCGUCCAUUUUUAUCUUCAAGCAGCUCAUUUCCUCCCAAUCGCAAAUUCUUUUUCUGUAAAGUUUGUGUAAUGGAUCAACAGAUUCUCACUGUUUGAUUACUCAUAAUGCUGUACUACAGGCCAUUCUGUUUUUGCAUACUUCACUGUGUUCUUUCUUAAAUAUAGAACAAUAUAUCGCUUAAUAUGGUAUGCUUUAUUUUUAGUUCUUAUACUGAUGCAAAUUGGGUGCUUUCCCUUUGCAGUGAUUGAAGGUCCUUCUAUUGAAAAUGUCAAAAAAGCUGCCACCAAAAUCAAUGGGGCAGUGGAGGAGGUAGGUUUUUACCUGUCUGGAGAACUUGGUAUCUAUGGUCUCUAUUGAAGAGCUUGUCUAAUUUAUCUCAACAGUCGAAAAUAUAUUAGGAACUUAAAAGUGUUUUUUCUUCUAAUUCCCAACUUUUUCCUGUCGACUCGAUUGUUAUGUGUUAAUUUAUAAUAUCUUAGAACUUGAAUUAAAAAAAUAAUAUUUUAAGAAAUAUAAUUGUACAUUUUUCCUUCUUCAAAAUAAGAUAUAUCCUUGAACUUUCAUGGAUUUUUUUUGCAUAUUUGGUUCUGAUGGUGUUUUCCGCAAAACAAGCAGACAAAGGGUCACCUUAUCUGCAACAGUGCUAUGAAAUGUUUUCUUCGAGUGGAGUUCACAUUGUUGAUCGAGUUCCUUGUGAAUGUGUGUAGUACCAUUUUCUACCUCUAAUUUACUUGUUAAAAUUUUCUGUAACUGCUGGAUAAAACCUGAUCUAUACCUACCCUUGAUCUCUUACCUAAAACACAGUACUGACCCUUAGUCUGUUAUCAGGAAAGAAAGUCAAAAAUAAAAGGUUGCAGUCUUUGAGUCACGGUAUCCAUAAUAGACAGUUGGGCAGUACAGCUCCAUUUUUUUUCAUUUUUUUAUGAUAUUUGAUUUGAUCAGCAUCCUGUGAAAAUAUUAACAAAAGCCAUAAAGUUGGAGAAUUGCCAAACAGUUUCUGCGAGGACCAGAAAACAAGUAAUGGUCGAGAUACGGUUGAUGUGGCUAAACUUGGAAAAUAAUUCACUUUCUGUUGGCAAUGCUGCUAUUAGGGAAAGAAUAUGUAAGCUCAACUCAUCAGCAGAGGGCAGAGGAAAACCGAGAAAGAAAGGAAAAAUGAAGGAAAGGGACAUUCUAGUCACCAUGGACCACUGGAUCCCACCCAUUUCCGGCUUGCAAUCCUAAUAGUAGACAUGCAUUUAAAGAAGAGGAAAAUAAUGUCUAAUUUUUGGUUGUUCAUUAAUUUUUGAUGUUUAUGUGAAAGCACUCCUGCUUUCUGUUGCAAUUAUACCGUUUGUUUGAUAAAGUUUAAAAAUAAUUUAUAAAAUAGUAGACAUGCAUUUAAACGGAAAAAGGCUCUUACCUCAGCGUUGAUUCGUCCAUUUUGAUCCAGAACUGGAUCAGAAUGGACGUGGCCAAUGCAUGUCCUCAAUCGGAUUCUGGGUGAUGUGUCCUUGGUAUCCAUAUUCCCUAAAAAAGCUAUCGUCUGAAUACAGAGCUACAAGAUCUGGAGUUGUAGUGGACUUGAAAUGAGCCUUGUUGAAAAUUUUAAUUCAUCAUCAUAUUUUCUGUUAUAUAGUACUUAAUUUCCCUUGUUCGGUUUUUAUAAAUUUACUAUGACUGUUGGGAAUGGCUUUCAUUGGACUUUCCAUCUCUAAUUGGUUCUCUGACCUCCUUUAGAUUUGAUGGUCUUGGUAAAUCUCUCAAAUCUCUCAUUUUAUAUUGCUAUUCUGGAUGAACAUAAUUAUUCUCUUUCUAGAAUGUGAAACAUCGUUAAAAUAUCAAGUGAGUAAAGCACAAAAACUUGGUGGUGUGAAUAUAGCUAUUACUGUUAUGUUAAACGCUCUCUAGGUAUCUUUUGCUCUACAAACCUGGUGCAAAUUUGGCUGAUUGACCAGAUUCGAUUCAACCACCAAUCCAAUGCUUUAUUCCCUCAAUGAUGACGCUGUACUAGUUUUCUUUUAUCCUCUCCAACUCUCAUUGUGUAGUAACUUUCCCCCCGAGAUCCUGGUCUUUUGCACGGUGUAGAAAAUUUUCUUAUAUUCCUUUCUGCUGCUUGACAAGAUCUCCAUCCAGUUGCUGUGUUCAAUAGCAUAUUUUGGAAACCCUCUUUGCUGACCUUAUCCACAACAAGUUCCAGUAGAUUGCUACAAUUACUUUACAGAUGUGAAAUCAAAGAAAAAUAAAAUCUGGAAUAAAGUAAGACGGUUUGGAAGAAUUUUUUUUAAAGAUGAUUUACGGAAUAACGUGGGAGCAUGCAAUUCGCUUUCAAUAAAAAUUCGUCGGAGAGGAUGAAAGGAGGUGAACUGGGGAGUGCAGUCUUGCAGGGGUUAACUUAAAGAAAACUACCUUAAUGAAGUAUCAACAAAACAUGUUCCAAUUGAUAUUCUGGUCAGCAUUAUCUUAUCCUUUCAGGCUUGACCGCUUAGGUGGCUUUCUGCCUUCUAUAUAUCCAUCUUGUGUUUCAUCACCUGUCGGUGAUCGGUAUUACCUUUGUGUGUAUUCUAUAAUCGAUUGGACCAAAACGACCACACUGUAAUUACCUUUCCUAAAAAUUUCAGUCGGGAUACUAGUGGUUUCUGUAUCUAUAACAUGUUAUGACUGUUGCACAGUUUUUCGACGCAUGAAAGUAUUUAGUUCCACAUAGAACAUAGGAGAACUGGUAUAAAAAUAGAGGAUCAAAGUUAUUACUAUCAAGGAAUUAUUAUUUAGAUCUUCAUGGAUGCAAAAACAUAUUUGGCCAAGAUAAGUCAUCCUAUCAUUGAUGCGUAACUCCUACUCUGUUAGACAACGUGGCAUUGAGCGUCGUUUAGAUCAGUAGUUAGUUUUGCAUGCUAAUGUGGAUGCAUAUCUAAAGAUCACGAUAACUACUUUUUAAAAUUGUCAUCCAAAUCGGUAUUUGGGUUUGAAUAAUGCUAAAACUGGUAGGACAAACCUACCAUUCUUCCAUUAGCUUGUGGGUUUUUACAGUAGGCUUACUUUUGAAGUCCUGUCUGGAAAAUCCAGUGUUUGGUGUUUGGAAUUAUUUUUUUUGCAUUGAAAUGACAGAAGAACGUGAUCACGAUACUUAUUGUUGAAUAUACCUUACCGAAACUACCUUUGUAUGAAUUAACGAGCGGUCUUUGCAGGAUCUCACAUUCUCCACAUAAGAGUCUUCUGCUUUCUUCGUUGAACUUCAUUCUCUGAUCAUUCUUUUUUUACUUUGCUUUACAGGGAAUUAGAAGCCCAUUGCUUGAUUACUCCCACUUUGUUUCCCUUCCAUUGGCUAUCCACCCACAAUUGGUGGAGAAGUUAAACGACUUCCAGAAUUCUAUUGUCGGGGCUUCUGGCCCUGGAAAAGAUAGGAAUAUGGAAGUUGAUCCAGAGAAUUAUGCUUCAGCUGAUGGAAAUGACAAUGAAACCCUGUUUGAAGAUGUUGAACUUACUUUGGCGAUUGAUCGUGACGAGGAACAUGUAAAAGUGGAAAGAGAUUCUGGAGCUAUCAAGAAAACCUCAACAAGAUCGAAUUCUUCUGUGUUGUCUGGUAUUGUAACUUUUCAUUGUUCACCAUUAAGUUUGAGUCUAUCAGGAUCCUUUUUUUAAAAUAUUAUAACACUAUGCUAAUAUUCUCUAUUCCAUUGGACUGCCAGAUCAAUUAGAAGCCACAAAACAAAAGAUGAGCGCGUGUUACCUUCAAAGAAAAAGCUGAUGAUCAUAUUUAUUACCUUUUUUCUUAGUUGCCACCAUUGUCAUCCUCUUCGUCAUCGUUGUCACAAUCCUUAUCUCAUAUUUCCUUGUCCUGCGAUGAAUGGGUGUGGAGAUGUAUUUUGAUUAUCUAUUCUGGUUGACAUCAACUCUGCUAAUAGUGGUGCAAGGUUCCUUGCAUAGUUAUGAAAGCUGCCCUGUUUGGUGGGGAACAAUGAACCUGAUUGGAACUGCCAUACCCCCCUCCGGUCUGGCAAGAGGGGUAUUCCUGUGCAGAGGGGUAUUGGAACCUGAUUGGCUACUCUUGUGCUGUUUUAGCCUUGAGCCGAUCAGCGAUUUGAACAUAUUUCGUUGGCCCUAAAUAAAUGUGGGGUUCUUGAUUUAGUGUUGAAUAUAGUGAACACAACUUUGCAACCCAUUUUUCAUUUACUUUGUGGAUUUAGUUUUCCAGAGACUGUAGCUACCAUCCUUUGCCACUGACACCUAUCUACACUCACUACUUUUACUUGUUUGUUAUUCCCUUGGUUUGAUUGACAGGUCGACCGCCUAACACUCAUACUCCCCAUUUACCUAUUGCUCUUGUCCGCUCUCCACCUUUUUUUGCUUCUGCCGGAAGGCCAUUAAUCUCAGAUGUGCUUUAUUUUCUCUGGUUUUCUCUCUCUUUUUUUUUUGUUCCUCUUCUCCCAGGGUUCUCUCCCUUUGUAUUUAUGUAGGGACUUUCUAGUUACGUAACAGGAACCUCAAUAGAACAUGGGAUGAUAACUGGUCUGUACCUGUUUAGGUUCAGAAGUCAGGUUUUAAACUUAUGUUCCGAGCCAAUGCCAUUUCAGAUAGGAGAACCAUUAGCCAUAUUCUGAGGUUGCCUGGCAGCUAUCAAGUAUCAUCUACGAGUGAUAUCCAUUCAUUUUGUAACAGAGAUACUUCUGCCUUUAUUGCGUUAGGAGUUCAGUGAAUUCCUGAUGCAAUACCUCAUUUGAUGUCAAUAGUUGCUGAAAUAAUGUUCCCCAACAGCUAAAUUAGACAUGAGUAAAGCCAAGGGUAUGAACUUUAUGAAUUGUUGGAAAUUAGAGUAAGCUUCCAUAUUGAUGAGAAAACGUAAUUAAUGUUAUUAAAUAUAAUAACUAAGACAGUUCUGAUCGGUUUGGAAUUCCAUGUCCUUUAACAGAAACUCCAGGUGUGGAGACAGAUCGAAAGCCACCUGAUUGAGACUGCGAAGUAGUGUGUUCUAGUCCAAUACUCACCCUGAUUGGUAUCACAUACGUAUCAAAUAACUUUGUUACCACUCAUAUUUGUAGACUCGUAAGAGGUUACUUCGCAACAUGUACGAUGCUUUUCAUGUCCUGAAAAUACUUUAAUUAUAGACAGACGUUAUAACUUGUUCACUGGAUGCACAGAUGCCUGAAGAUCUGUAAAUGCCUUUCAAAUGCAAAGUUAUUUUUUUCUCAUGCAAAUUUGGAUGCUUUCUAUAUACAGUCGUUGUCCAAUUUACCUUCUUCAAAUGCAGAUUUGGGCAUUGACAGAUCCAUCUUCAUAAAACCGAAAACAUUUCACUUAACUGUCCUCAUGUUGAAGUUAUGGAACAAAGAGCUUGUUGCCGCAGCUGCUGAUGUACUGCAGGCAAGUACCUUUUGAGACAGUGAUUUAUAUUCAUCUGCAUAAUCUGAGGGUACUGAGUUUUGCCUUGGUCCUAUCGUGAAGAAAAUCUCCCCAAAAGUGCUGGAGGCCUUGGACAACCGGCCACUUUCUAUUAGGCUUAAAGGGCUGGUAAGCCUCUUUCAGAAUUUACAAUGUUCUUCACUGGUUUCCAAUCGGAUGUGAUCUCGUUUCAGUAUUAAGUUCACAUAUAUCUAAUAUUUACGCGAUUCCCCAUUAUUUUUCUAGUUGUGAAACUGUUGAUUUUGCGUUGUAAAUAUCGUCUUAUGCCUCAACUGCACCAUUUGCUUUGUAUUUUGUAAUGUGAGUCGAUGGGAAGCAUAUGGUUUUUCUGCAUUAUUGUACUGUGGUAAUGUACUUUAGUGGGCCGUCCAAUUCAAGACCAUAUGACGAGAUAGACAUUGGCCCAUCUACCCCGGGCUUACCUUCCUGCAUAACAGUGUUUGAGGACUACUCUUACCUCAUAAUUCGUUUCAAGUUUCUGUGGUCCCGAUGCUACUUGUUUCAUGUACUCAUGCUUAUGCAGUCAUGGUGCUUGGCGAUUGGGUUGUCUCCCUGGUCUUACCAUGCAGUCAUCCUGCUCUAUACACACGUUUUGCAUAUGCAUAUAUUUAGGCUUCAUUCCCUUCCUGAAGCCUGAAGGAAUCGGAGAAAUCGUUGACUGCGCGGUGGGAUCCUCACAUUGUCAGCCUAAUUUUCUUCAGAAUUGCGUUUGGUAAGUAGUUCUGGGUUUCUGAGAAUGGCCCAUCGGCAUGUGCUGACUAUUUUGUUGACCAAACGUGGUGCGAGCUGACCGGACUUCAUCUCAGAGCCAGGAUGAAAGAAAAACCUGUCUUUCGCUCUGAAUUUUGCUGCUGUUUCUCCUAAAUGUUGGGAACUCAGCCUUUCUGAUCUUCUGCUGGCCCCGUAUUUAGCUUUGUUUUCUUUGUCUAGAUGAUAGAUAAUACUACCCCUCACCAUGGACAAUACCUGCACAUCUGCAUGGGAUGGCCAUGUAAUGAACUGAAGCUCUCUCUGGUGUGGCAGGAGUGCAUGAAAGGGUCUCCGGCAAGGGCUCGGGUUCUUUACGCUCCGAUUGAGGAACUCGGAGGAGAGGGACGCUUGAUGCGUGCAUGUGGUAUGCAAUGCACACAAGCUUCGUAUGUUCCUAAAUAUAGCAUGACUUUUUCAAUAUAGCUGCUCUGCUUGACUCAAAACUCUCUCAGAGGUCAUCAUCGAGGCUUACAUCCAAGCAGGCCUCGUUCUCGAGAAGGACGCUCGGCAGACGUUGAAGGUCACAUCGGAUCACCCAACUUUCUCAACCAUCAUCAUCAUCAGUUGAUAUUGUUUCAUUGCAGCUUCACGCCACCCUGAUGAAUGUGAGGCAUAGGAAGAGGUGACCCACUGCGGCUCUCGAUCUCGACUCACCCAGAUGAAUGGGAUCCCUUCGGAAUGCUGACUGAGAGAGUAACUCUGCAGGAACAAGACGAGAGGGCGGCGGGAGGAGUCCUUCGACGCGCGGGGCAUCUUCAGGAGGUACGGGUCCGAGGACUGGGGAGAGUACCUCGUCAAGGAGGCCCAUCUCUCUCAGAGGUUCCUCUUCGGCGAGAGCGGCUACUACCACUGCUGCGGCUCCCUCCCCUUCCCGUCCCCGCUGACCCCACAACCAGCUGAUUCUUCUUGA